AAUGUUCCGAUAUUGCUCAGCUGGCGUCAUUUAUUUCUCUAAUGGAUUUCUCCUGUCGCAACGAAAAUUCCCGAUGAAGUAAAAAUCCCAACGGAAGAAAAUGAUGAAAAAUGUUUUAAGGAUUCGGUAACAGUCGUCGAUAGUUGGAAGGGUUUACUGUAAAUCGCGUAUAGGAGCUCGAACAUGACUGUAAUCGGCACGCAGAUCGACAGCGACCGGAGGCUGUUGAAAUUUCGCAGCUUCGAGGAAUACCUGGAUUCUCUCGUGACUCCGGUGGAUCUAUGCAAUCUAAGGAGUACCUACACCGCCCGUCAGGUAGCCGAAUUGGGGUACCGAUGUGCCGGCGAGACUCUUGACAGAGAGUCUUUCGAGCGUCGCUUGGCCGCUGUCAGGAACCUGCUCUUUCCGGUACAACGUCCUUACGAGCUCUCCUCAGAAUGCAUCGUACCCACCGACCGAUUUUUUCAAGAGCUGGCCUUGCGCGAGAGACCGAAUCGCCUAGGAGUGAUUUCGACGAUCAUCUUUAUGCGCCAAUUAACUAAGAAACAAUACGAGGUAUCCGGGUACAUCGACUAUGCGAGCCGGCUCAAGGAAGAGGAUUGGGCUCCUUUCUUUGGGGGCAAAGAAAGACUCUGGCCGCGUCCCACGGACCUCUCGUAUUAUCACUGGCGGUUAGAAAAGACUUUAAUCACGGAGUCCUCCAACUACCAACCUGUGAUAGAUGCUAAGCGCGGUUUACUCUUCAAGAACGUCCACGAUCGAAAAAUCGUUUGGGUUGACCCUUUGGCACCUUCCCCGGGAGUGGAUACCACUCGCGUGCGGGUUUACAGUGAUGACUAUGAGCAUAUAGUACUCUAUGACCAUGUAGUUCGCGGUAAGAUGUGAGAACUAUGGUGUGCACGGUUGCACCGUUUUAUGAAAUAAAGACAGUUUCGGAUAGUCAAUCUUCAUGUACGCCGUCGAGGAAGAUGUAAAUUCCAACUUAG